AUGGAUUCCGCGAUGGAUACGGCCUCGACGGCCAGCGAUCACAGCAUCGCGUCCUCGAAUGACUCACGGGGUCGCAACAUAUCGCCCCCGAUCCCACACAACCACAACGGAAGCAGUAGCCACCAGCAUCCGCUGGAUAAAACGCGAACACCGACGCCUGUCAGCCCACUGCACAACAGCCACAGUGGAGGCAGCAAUAAUGGUCCACUGUCGAACCAUCACGCAGGUCGUCAACUUUCGUCUAGUCCGCUGGGUGCCGGAGCCCAGGCCCAGCUGAUGGGUCACAUGGCACACCCGCUAAGCCCUCCACAUGUGUCCACACCCAGCAGUAUGGCCGGCAUGGUCGGAAUGCCACCUCGGAUGGCGCAAAACCUGUCACACCUGCCACCGCACGGGCUCGGACUGCUCAACUCCUUCAUGCAUCACGCUAGUCCGCUCGAUCUGAUGGCCGCUGCUCAUCACCACGUGCCCCCGCGAUCGUACAACAGCCCACCGCCCAUCUCGAGCUCCGACCCGACGGCCAACGAGUGCAAGCUGGUCGACUACCGCGGUCAGAAGGUGGCCGCUUUCAUGAUACAGGGUGAAACGAUGCUAUGUCUUCCGCAGGCGUUCGAGCUGUUUCUGAAACACCUCGUCGGUGGCCUGCACACCGUCUACACCAAGCUGAAGCGCCUCGACAUCGUCCCGCUCGUGUGCAACGUCGAACAGGUGCGGAUAUUGCGCGGACUGGGUGCGAUCCAGCCCGGCGUCAACCGCUGCAAGCUGCUGUCCUGCAAGGACUUUGACGUCCUGUACCGCGACUGCACCACGGCCAGAUGCUUGUCGAUAAAGCCACCUGAGAGUCUUAACUCCAGUAACUCUCUGCUAUCGCACAGUUCCAGGCCCGGUAGGCCGCCCAAGCGAGGCCCGGUAGGACUCUCCAUGCCCACGUCCCACAUGCCACAUCACGCCCAACUGAAGAAGCACCGGCUGGACAACGGAGAGUUCGUGUACGAGAAUGGACAUCUGAGCGAUCUUCCACGAUUGGAUAAGUCACCGUUGCUGGCGAAUGGGUACAAUGCGCCUCCGACACACCUCAAUCACAUACCGUUCAUGCAGAUGAACCCACACCCGGGCGCCGGUGGCCACCCACUGAUGAGUCCUGGCGUCAACCCGCACGGUAUCCCGCGACCCGAUGGUUCCAUCAUCAAGGGCCAAAACAUCCCCGGCAUGGAGGCGAUCGCAAGGUCGCACCACACGGGCAUUUGGGAAAAUUGCAGGGCUGCCUACGAGGACAUCGUGAAGCACCUCGAACGACUGCGAGAGGAACGGGGCGAUGACAGGACACCAGGCGUUGACCACAAACCGCGGGAUCUCAGCUCACAGGGCAGCGGCCCACCGUUGGCGGAAUCACCGAAUGGCCAAAGUCCGGCACUGAACCUCUCCAAAUCGGGUGUUGGUGAGCUUGCGGUUGGUGGUGGCGGUACAGGAGGCGGUGUUGGUGGAGGUGGCGGUGGUGGUGGUGGACCUGGAGGUGGAGGCAGUGGGGCACCGAGUGAACGCAGCAAUCCAAACUCACCGGAACCGUCGGUGCACGAGGACGACGAAAACAUGAGCGAAGCCAACAUAUCCGACACGGAAGAACCGAACGAUAAGGACGAAGACAUGAGCGAUUGUGAGCGGGAUCUUCAUUCGCCAGGGCCAAGCGUGGUGCCAGUUCCGCAGGAACAUCUCGAAGCACAUCGGCAUCAGGCGCUGAACUACUCGAGCCUGGCGGCCAGUGUCGCUGUUGGCGCUGUUGGUCCGACUGGCCAUCCGGAUCCGACCAUAUCGUCGACGGAGACGCUACUGCGGAACAUCCAGGGGCUGCUGAAGGUGGCCGCCGAUAACGCCCGGCAGCAGGAACGCCAGACGUCCUACGAGAAAGCCGAGCUGAAGAUGGACGUAAUCAGAGAGCGCGAGGUGAAGGACUCGUUCGAGCGUCAGUUGGCCGAUGAAAAGCGGCUUCGAGCGCUGUACCAGAAGCGGUUCAAGAAGGAGCGCCGAUUGCGGAUCCAGAUCCAGGAUCGGCUCGACGGUGAACGAAAGCGAAGGGUACAGCUGGAGGACAUCAUCAAGGCGUCGGGUGCGCCUGCCGAGGCCCUACGCAUCAUUGCAGAAAACAUCAGCAGCGAGCAGCAGCAACGCGAGAAGGACCGCGAACGGGACGCGGAACGCGAAAAGGAUCGCGAAAAGGAACGCGAGCGGGACCGGGAACGGCGGGAACAACGUGAUAAAGGACAGGAACGUGAACGAGAGCUUCAUCACCAGCAUCACCAGGCGUCCGCGUCCGUCGUACCAUCCGUCGUGGAUCGCAGUCGAGACCGGGGAACCCUCGAGGAGUCCUUGCGCGUCGAUAGACACGCCCGGGUGGAACUGGAGCGUGAGCGGGAGCGACGGGCGUCCUCGUCCGAGCGCUACUCGAAAGAGGGCAGCCCCGCACCGAACCUCUCGGUUUCGUCCCGUCCCAGCCAGGAGGUGUCGCCCUCGCAGCCCCAGAUCAGCGAUGGCAAGUCGUGGAAUUAUCCCGGGCUCGACAUUAUGGCCACGGGAGCCUUCUGGCAGAAUUACUCCGAAUCGCUCGCCCAGGAGCUCGAGCUGGAGCGGAAGGCGCGCCAGCAGGCCGCAGAGGGCGACGUCAAAGGGCCGCUGCAGGAUCGCUCGAACUACUAUAAGAACUCCGUACUAUACACUAGUGCCACUUAG